AUGAGCUGGUGGAGCUCCUUGUCGAAGCAGCUGCUGUUGCAGCUCUCCAGGCAUCCCGCAGUGAACAACUAUGCCCGUCAGGGGAUGGGCUAUGUCACGAACCACCCGUCGGCGCGAAGAGCGGCGGCUGCCAUGACGAAUUCGUGGGGAGAAAUGCGGAAACGAGUAGGAUCGUCCAUUCCAACCUUCAAAUCGCCAGGCACAAGAAACAGCAAGACAGGCACUGAGUACGCAGCACAGGUAACCGGUAUGUGGAACAAAUAUAAGGGGCGUGUGUUUUCGUUCAUUGCUGUGAACUUUAUGGGCAUUAUUCUUUUUUUUCAAUUUGGCUCUGCUAUUUGGCCGAUGGUAAAGCAGUUGUUCCUCAGUCUCUUUGUCGGACAGGAGAAAAAAGUUGUGAAGAGUGAGGUCACUUUUCCUUCUGUUAAGGCGCUUAUUACCGACACCGAGGACAUUGAAAAAAAGCCCAAGCAAGGCCUUUCUCAUCGGCUGGAUGAAGGAGAGGCAAGUAAAGACCUACCUAUGGAGAGAUUUUCCGUGAGCUUUUCAGAUGGAUCGAAUGCCCAUGUGCAGCAGUCAAUGCAAGUGCUUGAGCAUGAUGUGUUUGGCACUACUGAGAAGCCGGACUUCUCUGAGGGAUUCGUUUAUCGAAUGAAUGAGGACGACGGUUUUAAAGCAUUUGAGAGCCAUGAUACGGUGCGGGAGCAUUCCCUCUAG